AUGAAAAAUAAAGAUAGUUACCAACUUUUACAAGAGAGAGAAGCUGCCCUACAGAAAAAUAGAAAUCAGAUACUUGGUGGAGAUAAUAUUAAGCGUGCGCUAAAUCAUGCUAAAAAUCAUAGGUAAUUAGAAUUUAUCCAAAUAAAGAAAGACUCAUUCAUUAUGAAAAAAAACUUUGACCUGAUAAUCAGAUUUUAGAGAAGAAAUGGAAUUACAGGGUAAAAAGAAUAAGAGUUAUUUAAGAUGAAGAGGUUUAAGAAUGCCGAGAGUUACGUGAAAUAGAUGAGGUAAGGUGAUUACUCGUAUCUUGAAAGAAAUUAUCAUCAUCAUCAAAGAUCUGUUGACAGACUAGAACCUAUAAAUGGAAGCCGAAACAGCUACAUUGAAAAUGAGAACAAUCCAAAUAUCUCAAACAUAAAAAAACCAAGACAAGAGAACAGGUCAUUGUCAAACAAUUAGAGAUACAAGUAUAAUAGUGUAAAUUCUCUAGAGGAUUCAACGGAUGAAAUACACUCAAAUUCCCUCGAAGCAAUAAAUAAAAAUGGAGGCAGGAAAAUUGUGAACUAUUCUAGUGGCAAUUAAUCAUAAUCUGAUAUGACAUCUCACAGGUAAGAAUCGACAGAACUUAAACUUCCAAUGAUCCGAUAGAGAUAAGAACCUGAUAAACGAUUGUUAAGCGAUGAUGAGAGAAGGAACAUAAUUUUGGAUUUCUAGUAAAGAAGGAAGGAUUUAUUCUAGCAACUCAACAGAAUGCCAAUUGCAAAUAUAACCAAAGCACACUAAGAGCUAAUUAGAGAAAUCGAAAGUGAGAUCGAUGAGACUGAGGCAGCAAUUAAGAUGUUUUCAAGUAGAAAGCCAGUCUAUGUUAGCACCUAAAAUAAUACUUUCACACACGAUUGA